UCGACUGACCGGCCGCACACGCCGCGCACACAUCGCACACGCACGUCGUACGUCGCACCGCGCACACGACGACCGACGGCGACACAACCGCGCAGGUAUAUACCACCGUAUACCAGACCUUCAACCAUAUUCAGUCGACGACGUCUCACGGGCGCGGUGAUCUCAUUCGUUUUCGGCACGUCCGUUCCGUCGCUACCGUCACGUCGUUUUAUUUUCCAUAAACAACAUUUUUCGUAUCACAAAGGCAAGCGAUAUGGUCCACGAGACGACAACGACGACGGCAGCCGACGCCGCUGCCGUUCGCGUUUGACCCGCAAUCCAAUAAAAUUACGUUCCGUUUCGUAAAGCGGUUUUCGAGUGUUUUACCUCGUCUCCGGCACAGUUGUACCCGAAGAAUAUCAAAUUAUUUUUUAGGACCACGAUCUGUCCGUCCCGAUACCGUAUACCGUGUUGUGGAUACCUAGAUCUAUACACUUGCAGGUGCCCUCCAGGUAUAAUAAUAUUUUCGUCGUUCGCCGCUCCGUCCGCGCGCGUUUUUCGUUUCGCCGGCCGACUAGGUACGGUAACAGAUACCUUGUUACCGGUAAUAAUAUGAUAAUGGGUACGGCCAACCAGGAACAGCAUCCCGCCAGCGCGAUCAAAAAGCCCACGGACUUUUCGAUCGACGCUAUUAUGCGUAAAGAUGACGCCGCCGCUGCCGCCGCAACCGCUGCCGAUUCAAGACACAACAUUAUGUUCGGCACGGAAGGUGAAGGUUCGAUGGGUGGAACUGAAGAUUUGGACAUUGAAGUGGAUGUCGUUGAGACUUCGGAACCGGAAGACUUAGCCGCCAAUCGUUAUCAUCGUCGUUCUUCGGUGGAUGCGGGCAAUGGAAAGCAGAAUGGCUCAGCUAGUGGUUCAAAGAAAAAGAGAUGCCGAGAAACGGUUAGCGCUUCGUCUGAAGAUGGUGACCGGACACCGCCCCCACACGAUUCUGCACAGGCUACCUCUAAGAACCAAGCAACAAUGUUAGCAAAAUGUACCAGUCCAGAUUUGGCAUCUACGGAAUGCUACCUCGAAUCCGUUUCAAAAGAGCUCUGGUCAAAAUUUCACGAACUGGGCACGGAAAUGAUCAUCACCAAAACUGGAAGGAGGAUGUUCCCCACGUUGCGUGUGUGUUUCCGGAAGCUGGACCCGAACCAAAAGUAUUCGGUACUCAUUGAUAUCGUGCCAGUGGACAACAAACGGUACCGGUACGCUUACCAUAAAUCGUCGUGGUUGGUGGCCGGUAAAGCCGACCCUCCCGCUCCGCACCGGCUGUACACGCACCCUGACUCGCCGUUUACCGGUGACCAGCUACACAAGACGUUUGUGUCGUUCGAAAAAGUCAAGCUCACCAACAACGAGAUGGACAUCAGUGGACAGAUCAUUUUGAACUCGAUGCACAGAUAUCAGCCCCGGAUACACCUGGUCAAGUGGAGGGGCAUGGUGACCGACUUGGACGCGGAAAAGUACCGGUCUUUCGUGUUCCCAGAAACCGUGUUCACGGCCGUCACGGCUUAUCAAAAUCAACUGAUAACAAAAUUGAAAAUCGAUAGCAACCCAUUUGCCAAAGGAUUCCGUGAUUCUUCACGACUAGGAGAACUCGAAAGAGAUCCGGUGGACUUGAUGUUCCUGGAACACCAGUACAACCAACACCUGCUCAGUCGAGCGGCCACGCCCAUGUUCUGGCCGUCGUCCCAGGACGGCGGCGUCGUCCAUCCCGGACAGCAGUCGGCAAUGGAACAGCACCAUCAACACCAGCUGAACCAGCAACAGCAUCAACUGCAACAGCAGCAGCACCACCUGCACCACCAGCAACAGCAACAGCAACAGCAGCAGCAACAGCAACAGCAGGACCAGAGCAACGGCGGCGGCAAUUCGGGAUUCAUGUUGGCCGCCGCGGCCGCUGCCCGGGCCCAGUUCCACAUGUUGAACAACGCGGCGGCCGCGGCCGCGGCGUCUGGCGGUGGCAGGGCGCAGGCCGGCGGCGGCGACGGCGGCAGUGGCGCCGGCGGAUCGGCCGCCCAGCACUACCAGCACUCGGCCGCGGCCGCGGCGGCCGCUGCGGCCGGCAUGCACUCGCUCAUAGUGUACGGCAACCACUUCCAACAGUCGCAGUCGCGUUUCGCGGCCGCCGCAGCCGCCGCAGCAGCGGCCGCGGCUUCGUCGUACCCGGGACCGCCACCCCCGCCGCACCCGUCGUCCAUGUUCAGGCCGCAGUCGCAGUACCCGAGGUACGUGUCGGCGGCCGCCGCGGCUUUCCAACCGCCGCCGAUGCCGCAGCAGCAGCAGCAGCAGCCCGUGGCCUCGUCGUCGUCGUCGUCGUCCACGGUCGGCCCGCCGCAAUCGCCGCCGCAACCGUCGCUCCAGCAGCAGCACCCGCCGCCGCCGCUGCCGCUCCAACAGCAGCCGUCUGCGUCGACGUCGUCGUCGUCGUCGUCGCCGUCGUCGCCGCCGUCCACCGCCGCCGCGGCCGUCGUCCACCUACACCACCAUCACCCCGGCGCCGGCGCUGCCGCAGUGCACCAACAACACCUCCACCAGCACCACCACCACCCGCGGUCGUACAGUCCCGCUCGAACGCCGCCCGGCGCCGGCGGUUCGUCUUCGGCCGAGUCGCUGCCGUCGCCGGACGUGGACGGCAGGUCGGCCACCAAAUAUCAGAAGCGCCGUUCGCCGUCCGCCGCCAGGUAUUCGCCUUUCGACGCCACCAAAGCCGCCGCCGCCGCGGACGAAUCGUAAUUCGUUCCGCUUCGCGCCCGUUUUGUUUUUUCCUGUACGAAUCUCCUCGCCCCCCUUAUUCCUUACCCCCCCAUUCUCUAUCCUUG